AAUCAGAGUCGUGCACGAUCAGUCUCCCUCGUGUCGCGCAUCGCUUCGCGUUUACAACGGUAAUCGCAACACGAACGAUGUCUAAUCGCGAAUAUAUAUGAAUUUAUUGCCUCGUACCAAUUUGGUUUUUUGAAAAAUUUCAUGGCUUGCAAACACUUCACGAAACAAUAACAGCUUCUUUGAUGAUAAUUUUGCGAAAAACUGACAGACCAACGGAAAUUAUCAAUGAUCUAGUUUAAUGUAUAAAAUAAAAUAAAGAAUUCACGGAAAGAAGAAUAAACUGCUGAAUUAAGAAUUGUCUGCAGUUUUGUCAAAUUGGUCCCCGAUUGCAUGGCAUCGCAAUACAGCUGAUAUAACGAGACCGGAAGAGUACCAUUGCUCUGCUCGACGGCAAACAGUCUUCACUGUUCUGCAGCACUGCUCUCUUUCUCGGUACAACCGACGCUAUUACUAAAGUGCGGUCUAAAUAUAGAUAAGAACGCGUGUUUUUGACGUAAAUCACGUCGCUCUUUUUAUCCCAAUUCAACGUGCUACUGAGAUCGAGGUUUACGUUUCAGCGUUAUCGAAGACUUUCGUACAAUGAAGUUUGUCUUUCGAAUUCUUCUUACGUCUUGUAUUCUAGGAUUAACGAAAGCUGAUAUCAAUACACUAUCGAAAUCGGAGUAUAAUUAUAAUGGCGCUGAGAGAUUAUACUGUCCAGCGAACGCUUAUGUCGGGACUCAACCAGUUAAUCGACACGACAGUUCUUUGCGGCUGAGACAACUGAGAUCCGAGAUGGUUCGGGUGACUGCAGUUCAAGGGCCACCUCUCGAUGGCUAUAUCGUCACUUCAGACGACGAGCAUCAAACAGUGAGCUUCAUUUCUCAUGGCCGUGAAGGCCCUCUAGAGAGCGAAGCUGUGGAUCCACAUGAUAUGAGAAGAGAAUUUCUUACUGGAUUCUAUGGAAGUGCUGGAGAAGCCAUAGUCACUAUUGAUAAAGCAGUACUUUGGACUGAUGGCCGAUACCAUGUUCAAGCAAACCAUCAGCUAGAUUGCAAUUGGAUUUUAAUGAAGCUAGGUGAACAUAACGUACCCACGAUAACAGAAUGGUUAAUGCAAGAAUUUCAAAAUCAAUCAGAAACACGUAUUGGUGCCAAUCCGAAAUUAAUACCUGCGUUUACGUGGGAGAUAUGGGAAAACGAAUUAGCGAAUUCGUCCAUAAGAUUGGUCGCGGUCCAUAACGACCUAGUGGACUUGAUCUGGCAGGUGGGCCGACCUGAGUACAAUCCGCACGCGGCGUAUCCGCUAGCGGACGAGUACUCUGGCAAACCAUGGCAAGAGAAAGUUCAAAGUAUCCGACUGGAAAUGGAGUUAUCGUCGGCUGACGCACUCGUCAUCACCGCGCUGGACGAGAUAGCGUGGCUCUUCAACGUCCGCGGCUACGAUUUACCGCAUACGCCCGUUCUCAGGGCCUAUGCGAUUAUCACUCACGAAUCUCUGCAUCUCUACGCGCCGCGUCAAAAGAUCCUACGAUCCGUUGACAUACAUCUGAAAAUUGAUUCCUGCUCCCAUGCCAACUGCGUCAAAUGGCACAAUUACUCAGAUAUUUGGAACGAUUUAAAGACCAUGUCUCAAAUUUGGAAUACAGUGUGGCUCCCAUCGCCGUACGGUUAUUCGCCGGGUGCAUCUACAGAAAUAUACAAUUCCAUUCCGCCAGAGAAAAGAUUAGCUAAAGCUUCGCCUAUAAUCGAUCUAAAAGCAGAAAAAAACAAAGUUGAAGUGGCAGGUAUGAGAAGAUCUCAUCUAAAAGAUGCGAUAGCUAUGUGUGAUUCCCUAGCUUAUAUGGAAGAACAAUAUAAAUUAGACGCCGAAGGAUGGGACGAAAUGCAAGUCGCGAGGGUAAUCAAUGAAAUUCGUUACGAGCAAAACGGCAAUAUGGGUAUCGCCUUCCCAACGAUCGCGGGAUACGGACCGCAUGCUGCUAUGCCACAUUAUGAACCGAAUAAUUUAACAAACAUUAAAGUCGGGACCAAAUCCACAUUAAUGAUCGACUCUGGAGGGCAAUAUUUGGAUGGUACCACAGAUGUGACAAGAACUCUUCACUUCGGAGUGCCGACCGACGAACAGAAAAAAGCCUACACAAGAGUGCUGAUUGGUUCAAUUGAAUUAGCGUCUUUGAUCUUUCCCAAUGAUUUGACGGUAGACCAAUUGGACAUUAUUGCGCGAAGGCCAUUGUGGAGCACUGGUUACGAUUACAUGCAUGGGACUGGUCACGGAAUCGGUCACUUCUCUUCAGUUCACGAAUCGCCUAUCAGCUUGUCAUAUUUUGGGUGCAAAAAUUCAGGAUGUUCCAUCAAGUUGAAGCCAGGAUUCUUUCUUUCAAACGAACCGGGAUAUUACAAAGAAGAUGAUUUUGGAGUUCGUUUGGAAAAUGUUCUUGAAGUAAUUCCGGCUGGCAAAUUGUCUCACAGUGGACAAAGAUUUCUCAAAUUCAGAGACGUAACUUUGGUCCCGUAUGAACCGAAACUUAUCGACAUUAAUAUGCUAACUCCACUGCAUCGUCGUUGGCUAAAUAAUUACAAUAAACGUAUACGGGAAGAAGUCGGUGCAGAGUUAAAAAAGAAUUUAAAAAUGAAAGCAUUUUACUGGAUGAUGGUGAAAACUACAACCAUUCCAGAAACAGGUUCAGGCGGCUAUUUUUUCCCAGAUUCUCAAGCGAUGCCGUCUACCAGUAGACAAUUCCAUGUUUUAGUUGUGAUCAUUGCCAUUUAUCAUGUUGUAGCAAAUUUCACGAGAAUAAGCGACUAAACUGGAAAACACGUCGAUCACGAUACUUGGCGAGUAUUUUAAUUUGCAUCGUAAAACUUUUUUUAUCAUAAAAUAUAUCAUUUCCAAAAGUUGUUAUAGGGUAUCAUAUAAUUACAUUUAGGCAAAAGAAACAUAGAAAUAAACUUUAAUAAAUUA